CCGAUGUAUUGUUUUUUAAGCUUAAUAAAGUCUAAGUUUUUUCACAUAUAAAACAACUUGUUUCCAUUAAAUUAUGAAUAACUUUCCGAACGACUCGUUAUAAUUAGGUCUAGUUAUUUUUUAAAUCUCAUAAUUUAUUGUAAUGUGAGUGAAUGAGAAAAAACCUCUGCAAUACAUUGUUGCGUCAUUAUUUACAAAGAGUUAGGCAGACAAAAUAACGUAGCUGAUAGCUCUAAGGCCUAAGCCCCUAUCCUAUGGUCAGUUGGAAAUAAACCACCGCUUAAUGAACAUGCAUUUCAUUUGCCACCAUUAUCUAACAGCUAAAUAGUAGAAAGUACAUUUAUUUAACUUUACAACAUUAUAAACCACAUAAAAUCAAGAGAAAAAAACACUAGAUUAUAAAAAUUACGUCAUCUUCAAAAAUCUGUCAUUAACGUAAAUCUUUAACAGGCGCGGUAAGAGUACUGAAUAGUUAUUGGGUUUUCGAGAAAUUUGUGGACACAUUUUGAGUUAUGAUUUUAUUACGGACAGUUGGACUUUAACGCUGAUAACGUAAUCUCAUUUUAUCUAAACGUAACGUCAUAAUUGUUAGAAACAUAAAAGCGUGAUUAUUGAAGCAGGUUUGUGUUGAAAUUCUAAAAUGUGUUAAUAUGAGGAAUUUGAUGUGUCAUUUAAAAUCAGCAAUGAGUACUCUAGCGAAUACAGAAAAAAACAUUACGGUUAAAGCUCAAUGGGGCAAAAUAGCAGCCAUAACUUGGGGUAAUUCGUCAAAUCCACCCGUUCUUCUAUGCCCUGGAAGAAUGGUUCCCUGCUCCAGCUUCCGGCCGCUAAUUAAACAUAUGCCUGACUGCUUCUUCUACGUAGCUAUCGACCUGCCUGGCAGCGGUCUGUCGGACCACCUACCACCAGGCAUCCGAUACACAGUAUUGGAUUUACUGCCGUCAAUUGCGAAGGUGGUGGAACACUUUAAAUGGGAGAAGAUAAUGUUUAUCGGUCACUCUUUGGGGACUGUUAUUGGAACAUAUUUCACCAUGGCGUAUCCGAACCGUGUAACACGUUUCGUCCAACUAGACCCCAUACCUCUGUACCACACGGUGACCCCGGAGACCUUCGAGUCUUGGUACAAGGAAUACUAUCGCAGCAAUUAUGAUGACGAUCAGUACGUAAAGCAUACCAGUGGACGGUAUACAGCACCCCGAUAUAGCUUGGAUGUUAUAAAAAGGAGACUGAUGGCAGCCCAUAAAAUUAACGAGGAAACCCUAGAGCAUGUUUUAGACAGAUAUAUCGAACCAGCCGGAGAUGGCUUGUAUAGGUUCACCUACGACCAACGUAUGAAGAACACCACCACAAUGCCGUUCUCACCUGACAACUUAAAAUUAUUCUUGACAUCAGCGAAAAUUCCCAUCCUCGCAAUUUUCGCCAAAUUUGUCAUAGAUGCGGGAGUAUAUUCCAAAGUACCUUUCGCUUUCGACACAAAAGCGUGGCCGCACGAUAAUUACGGGUACAAAAUAGUGUCCGGGUAUCACGACGUGCACAUGAGUAGCCCUGAGUUAAUGGCGGAUGAUAUAGCUAAAUUUUUAUUACAAUCAAAAGCUAAGUUGUAAUUAGUUAGGUUUUUGGUAACCCAGCCCAGCAUUGGAGGCGAAUACAAGGUCCAUCUACUACGUUGGCUGGAGCACCUUGAGCGCAUGGGCGGUGAAGGAAGCUUUUGGCCCAGGUACCGUUAGUUCGACAGAGUGGAGGAGGAUCUGCUGUAACUGAAAGCCAGCAAUUACCAAUUCUAAUUUCUAGCCUAGACACUACUACCAUUCAUACUGAGGGCGCCAGACCAGAUCCAUGCAGCUUCCUCACAAUCGAGUAGCCCUCAAUAUCGAUAAAUUUUUAGCCUCUUUACUACUCAACGCUGUUUAACUAGCGGCCUGAAAGAAAAAAUAAACAGGCUAGCUAAUGCUUAGGUGACCAUGUGACAGAAAAAGAAAAGAUUAAACAUCAGCAUUAAAAAAUCUUUAUUAAAUAUGUAACAUAUAGUACAUUAUUGAAGAUGAAGUUUUCAGUUCCAUAAUAUACUUUUCCGAUUCUGAGAACCUAAUUUACAGCCCGUCCCCGGACAAUCGUCAAACCUUCCAAUAUAUUGAAAUAUCCAGGUUAUAAAGGGAGCGUUUAAGUAUUACGUAACGAAUUUGGGG